AUGCCCCCUGCCACCAGUCACAGCCUCCAGGAUCACCAUGCCCCCUGCCACCAGUCACAGCCUGGAGGAUCACCAUGCCCCCUGCCACCAGUCACAGCCUCCAGGAUCACCAUGCCCCCUGCCACCAGUCACAGCCUCCAGGAUCACCAUGCCCCCUGCCACCAGUCACAGCCUGGAGGAUCACCAUGCCCCCUGCCACCAGUCACAGCCUGGAGGAUCACCAUGCCCCCUGCCACCAGUCACAGCCUCCAGGAUCACCAUGCCCCCUGCCACCAGUCACAGCCUCCAGGAUCACCAUGCCCCCUGCCACCAGCCACAGCCUCCAGGAUCACCAUGCCCCCUGCCACCAGUCACAGCCUCCAGGAUCACCAUGCCCCCUGCCACCAGUCACAGCCUGGAGGAUCACCAUGCCCCCUGCCACCAGUCACAGCCUCCAGGAUCACCAUGCCCCCUGCCACCAGUCACAGCCUGGAGGAUCACCAUGCCCCCUGCCACCAGUCACAGCCUGGAGGAUCACCAUGCCCCCUGCCACCAGUCACAGCCUGGAGGAUCACCAUGCCCCCUGCCACCAGUCACACCUGGAGUCACAUGCCCCCUGCCAGGAUCACCAUGCCCCCUGCCACCAGUCACACCAGCCCCCUGCCACCAUCACAGAUCACCAUGCCCCCUGCCACCAGUCACAGCCUGGAGGAUCACCAUGCCCCCUGCCACCAGUCACAGCCUCCAGGAUCACCAUGCCCCCUGCCACCAGUCACAGCCUGGAGGAUCACCAUGCCCCCUGCCACCAGUCACAGCCUCCAGGAUCACCAUGCCCCCUGCCACCAGUCACAGCCUGGAGGAUCACCAUGCCCCCUGCCACCAGUCACAGCCUCCAGGAUCACCAUGCCCCCUGCCACCAGUCACAGCCUGGAGGAUCACCAUGCCCCCUGCCACCAGUCACAGCCUCCAGGAUCACCAUGCCCCCUGCCACCAGUCACAGCCUGGAGGAUCACCAUGCCCCCUGCCACCAGUCACAGCCUGGAGGAUCACCAUGCCCCCUGCCACCAGUCACAGCCUCCAGGAUCACCAUGCCCCCUGCCACCAGUCACAGCCUGGAGGAUCACCAUGCCCCCUGCCACCAGUCACAGCCUCCAGGAUCACCAUGCCCCCUGCCACCAGUCACAGCCUGGAGGAUCACCAUGCCCCCUGCCACCAGUCACAGCCUCCAGGAUCACCAUGCCCCCUGCCACCAGCCACAGCCUCCAGGAUCACCAUGCCCCCUGCCACCAGCCACAGCCUCCAGGAUCACCAUGCCCCCUGCCACCAGUCACAGCCUGGAGGAUCACCAUGCCCCCUGCCACCAGUCACAGCCUGGAGGAUCACCAUGCCCCCUGCCACCAGUCACAGCCUCCAGGAUCACCAUGCCCCCUGCCACCAGUCACAGCCUGGAGGAUCACCAUGCCCCCUGCCACCAGUCACAGCCUCCAGGAUCACCAUGCCCCCUGCCACCAGUCACAGCCUGGAGGAUCACCAUGCCCCCUGCCACCAGUCACAGCCUCCAGGAUCACCAUGCCCCCUGCCACCAGUCACAGCCUCCAGGAUCACCAUGCCCCCUGCCACCAGUCACAGCCUCCAGGAUCACCAUGCCCCCUGCCACCAGUCACAGCCUGGAGGAUCACCAUGCCCCCUGCCACCAGUCACAGCCUGGAGGAUCACCAUGCCCCCUGCCACCAGUCACAGCCUCCAGGAUCACCAUGCCCCCUGCCACCAGUCACAGCCUGGAGGAUCACCAUGCCCCCUGCCACCAGUCACAGCCUCCAGGAUCACCAUGCCCCCUGCCACCAGUCACAGCCUGGAGGAUCACCAUGCCCCCUGCCACCAGUCACAGCCUCCAGGAUCACCAUGCCCCCUGCCACCAGCCACAGCCUCCAGGAUCACCAUGCCCCCUGCCACCAGCCACAGCCUCCAGGAUCACCAUGCCCCCUGCCACCAGUCACAGCCUCCAGGAUCACCAUGCCCCCUGCCACCAGUCACAGCCUCCAGGAUCACCAUGCCCCCUGCCACCAGUCACAGCCUGGAGGAUCACCAUGCCCCCUGCCACCAGUCACAGCCUCCAGGAUCACCAUGCCCCCUGCCACCAGUCACAGCCUGGAGGAUCACCAUGCCCCCUGCCACCAGUCACAGCCUGGAGGAUCACCAUGCCCCCUGCCACCAGUCACAGCCUCCAGGAUCACCAUGCCCCCUGCCACCAGUCACAGCCUCCAGGAUCACCAUGCCCCCUGCCACCAGCCACAGCCUCCAGGAUCACCAUGCCCCCUGCCACCAGUCACAGCCUGGAGGAUCACCAUGCCCCCUGCCACCAGUCACAGCCUGGAGGAUCACCAUGCCCCCUGCCACCAGUCACAGCCUCCAGGAUCACCAUGCCCCCUGCCACCAGUCACAGCCUGGAGGAUCACCAUGCCCCCUGCCACCAGUCACAGCCUCCAGGAUCACCAUGCCCCCUGCCACCAGUCACAGCCUCCAGGAUCACCAUACACUGAAUAA